AGGAAGGAAGAUUUUCUAGAUUCGCUGUUGAAGCAGCACCAGAAAGAGAUUUUAUUGAUCCGGGAACGGACUGCCGUGGAAAUUCGUCGUCCUCCAGCUUCCGAGUGCCGUUGUCCAUCGGCCACGAGAGCGCUCGUGUUGGCCGUCUAGUGCUGCGUUCGCGCGUGUGUGCCUUUCCGUGCGCUGGUGUACGUGCGUAUGCGUGGCCGCAAAACGGUAAAACAUUCCCAUUUCUUUCACCGAUCCGUUUCCCGGCUCAGGCAUCCGCAGACGGGCGGUGUCCGGCGGCACUCAUCUGCUCCUUCAGCGACGAACGGUGCAAAGUGCACAGGAGUCGAUCCGCAGUCCGUUUCUGCGUGCACAUCCGGUUCACGGGAACGGGCUCAGCUGGUCUACGGUGGCCCCCAAUAGUGCCACGGUGUGCAGUUCGUUUGUGCUUGCCGUCCCAGUCGCGCUCCACACGCCAGCUCUCUCGCUCUAGCGCGUGGAACGGAUUCGUGUUCCAGUUUCGUGUACCGACGCUCGGGUGAAAGGAGGGUCGCGGUUGUCGGUGCACAACGAUCCAAAUCGAUCGUCCGGAUUGUCCCGCUCCGAGCGGCGCCGAGCAGUGUCUUUGGUGGGUGAAGAUCGUCAACCCGGAGAAAAUCGGUCCGUGCGGCCACGCCAACUUCCGUCACGACGCGUCUUGUGUUGUGAGCUGUCCAACCCGUAGUGUGCGUCCCCGUGCGUGUAUUUGUGUGCUAAACAGAGAGGGAAGCAGUGCAGAGUGAGACCGAAAGCGCGCCCGUCACACGAUGUCGUCAUCCGGUGAUUUUGGAAAUCCUCUUCGGAAGUUUAAGCUCGUUUUCCUCGGCGAACAGAGUGUAGGCAAAACAUCGCUAAUCACCAGGUUUAUGUACGACAGCUUCGACAACACAUACCAGGCCACCAUCGGUAUAGACUUCCUCUCGAAAACGAUGUAUCUGGAGGAUCGGACAGUCAGAUUACAGCUGUGGGACACUGCCGGCCAGGAGCGGUUCCGCUCGCUGAUACCAUCCUACAUUCGUGAUUCAACCGUAGCCGUAGUUGUGUACGACAUUACAAAUGCGAAUUCCUUUCACCAAACCUCCAAAUGGAUCGACGAUGUGCGAACGGAGCGUGGCAGCGACGUAAUCAUAAUGCUGGUGGGCAACAAAACCGAUCUCUCCGACAAGCGCCAGGUGUCGACGGAGGAGGGUGAACGGAAAGCAAAAGAACUGAACGUGAUGUUUAUCGAAACUAGCGCGAAAGCCGGUUACAACGUCAAACAGCUUUUCCGAAGGGUGGCCGCUGCCCUGCCAGGCAUGGACUCGACCGAGAACAAACCACCAGAAGACACUGUCGACCUGCAAACUCAACCGUCGAACUCUGGCGAUCAGCAGGACUCGGAAGGUGGCUGCAUGUGUUAAAAGGCACCGUGGGAGAUUGAGAGAGGAAACAAACUGAAUGCCCCAACAUAUAGCGUAACAUUCACACAGGCACACACACAAAUGAGCAUCUGCAGUAGCAUUAGCAAUCUUAUCAAAAAGUUGUUAUCAUCCUCCGUUCCACACUUGACACACUAAAUCACUGCAUUUGUCAUCGGGCAAUGCUUUCUUCUAUUCUGCGCGUGGUGGUGUGUACCGUCUUGCCGUUCAAACUCGAGAUGGUAUCGCUUAGAUAAAAUGGAACAUUCAUUGGCCAAAACAGAAAACCGGGAAAGGUGUAUACCAAGAACGUGUUCAGCUUGUGCUUACAAAAAAUCUCGACCCUCCAGUGGACGAGAGUAGUUGUGCUUUUCGAACACACGUACACGCCAAAGUGGCCGAACGCAAUAGGUAGAACAAAAAAAAUGCCCAAAAAAGAAACGAACAAUCCUCUCUGUGUGUUAUCGCAAUCAAUGUUGUAAAGUUGGACAAACAAAUAAAAAGUCACGGAACAACAACAGGAAUCGGGUGAAAACCGGCGACAAACCGAGUGAGAAAGUGCAUCUGACAAAGGGAGAACAAAGCUAGGAAUUACUUGAAACGAAAAACGUACUGUAGCAAAACACGAAGCCUAGCAGAACAUGCAAACUACGAACCAUAGAAGAAAACGCAAAGCGGUGAACUCAAUUAGCUUGUGAAGUUUGAAAACAACGUAAAACUAAAACCAGGGCCAACCUGCGACCGCGUGUGUAUGGACGAUAUGCAUUGAAAACCUACCCGAAUAUUAGGCUAUGUCCUACUUUAAUUCAGCUCUGCAACUCGUUGAAAUACGGGGACAUCGAUCGGGCGAUCGGUUUCUUGGUCUAUUUUAAACGAGUCUGAAACCCUUCGUAGUCUUUUGAUUGAACAAAAAAUAACGGUUAACGUUGCGCUGAUUCCCAGUCCUUUUUCCUUGUAUCGAGCGUGACCCCGGCGGUGGACCACAAUCAAGUGAAUGAAUAAAACAAACGAAAAUCAAAUACUGCUUCAUUCGCGCACAUUGGCAGUAGAAAAAAAGCAAUUCGAGAAACCUUAAUAGUCGAAUGUUGUGUUUGCUUUCCACACAAUUUUCCAAUCCGUUCCUGAAAACCAUGCCUUGGAAGUAGACGUAAGAGCGGCCAAAUCCGUACAUCGUACCCGCGCCUUCGUUUAUACCAUCCCCAUUCCUUUCGAUAUGCUAGUCGUCGUCAAUUCGGCCCUCUAGUUUUGCCAAACACUGAUCUUGAGUGUUGCGAUCAUGGACACAUGGUCGUCGUCGUUUUUUGCUCUCAGGACAUUAUCAUUUGAUGAUAACGUAGCUCGGAUCCCUUUAUUAAUAGAAGUAGUAAAAAAACAGGAAACCAAAAUUAAACGAAUCAACGACGAAAUUUGCUACAAAACAGCGCAUCAUCGUUUACGCAGUUUUAUGGUAUUCAAAUGUGGUGUGCUUGUUCUGUGUUGGCAGUGGACGGACGGGAAGCAAACACUGAACUGAUGCACGCAUGAGUAAUAGUUAAAGUAUAAAAGUAUCAUAAAUUAACAUGAACAUCGCACAAACUUACGUGCGCCGCACGCACAUACACUAAGCAUAACAGGAAAACGAACAUUUGGAAAGGCCAUUCUCCUACUAACGUGGCACGUCUUAAGCUUAACCCUACUCAAACUACGGAAAGGAGCCGUAUCUGCCCCGGCAAACUAUCCAACAGGAACCUAAACAGUAGAGGCUGCAUGAACUAACUACUAUCCCUUCCUUUGACGCUAACUCUCUAACAUUUAAAAAGAAACGGAAACGGUAUGAACUAACCGAGCUCUGAGCUGUGGACGUUGUUUGAGGUUCAUUUUGGUUGGAGCAAUGCUGCUACCCUGUGGCGGGGAGACUAAUUUUAACGAAACAUACCGAUGACCACCCAAUUACAGUUGAUAAGAAUGGCGGGCAGUAGGAACAGAAUUACGGAAGAGACCCUCACCGCGGUCUUACGGAUGUCAAAUUUUACAAUAAAAGAAAAUUUAAGUGCUAAAGUAAGCGGUAACAACGCAAAGGAAUCGGUACGCCAGAAAAGUGACUUGGUUCGAACGGCUCUAGACCAGAUUGUGGAUCGAGGAUCGUAAAGUAUUCGACGACCGCGAAUGCGGUCACAGCAAAUCAGACAGAAACACGCAAAACAAUAGUAAAACGGCUUUCGUCAUUGUGGGUACUCGUCAUCUGGCUUACAGAAGUGUGAACUAGCAUUCCGGAGCAUGCUUAAGGAGGUGGCCCCUGUUGGUGAAGGAAAAUG